CGCGUUACUCGACCUCUAACUCGGUAUAUUCUUGUGGAAGGACACUGGAUAUUUCAACUGUUUUGAUACUACCUAACGUACAAACAACUACGGAUACCUUCAUUCGUUUUGUUUCUCGGAUUAUAUAACAACAGCACUUGUAUAGCCCGGUGUUCCGCAGCUUUCGGCGGCCUGACCUGGCCGAGGGCGCAUCAAGAGACCCUUCGUUUUCCGGCCGCACUGUAUCGGAUUUGCCCCAUCGAAACAUAAUCUUAAGAAGUCGAACUACGAAUUUCGUGUCUCCUUGGACCAACCAAACAUCCAUUCGUUAUCAUGACGCAAAAACAGCCCAGAUGGCGCGGCGGGCUUCUAGCCCUGGGCUGCGAAGGCUCUGCCAACAAGCUCGGCCUCGGUGUCAUCCACCACUCCCCAACCGGCGAGGUCACGAUCCUCUCCAACGUCCGAGACACCUUCGUUUCGCCCCCCGGAACCGGCUUCCUCCCCAAGGACACAGCGAAGCACCACCGCGUGCACUUCGUCCCCCUCGCCCUCCGCGCCCUCGCCGAAGCCGGCGCCGCCCCCUCGGACCUGGCCUGCAUCUGCUUCACCCAGGGCCCCGGCAUGGGCGCCCCCCUCACCGCCGUCGCCGUCGCCGCCCGCGCCCUCGCCCUCCUCUGGGACCUGCCCCUCGUGGGCGUGAACCACUGCGUCGGCCACAUCGAGAUGGGCCGCGCCAUCACCGGCGCCGCCAACCCGGUCGUCCUGUACGUCAGCGGCGGCAACUCCCAGGUCAUCGCCUACGCCGAGCGCCGCUACCGCAUCUUCGGCGAGACCCUCGACAUCGCCGUCGGCAACUGCCUGGACCGCUUCGCCCGCACCCUGGAGAUCAGCAACGACCCCGCCCCCGGCUACAACAUCGAGCAGCUCGCCAAGAAGGGCGGCGCGCGUCUCCUGGACCUCCCCUACACCGUAAAGGGCAUGGACUGUUCCUUCUCCGGCAUCCUCGCCAGCGCCGACGUCCUGGCCGCGCAGAUGAAGGCCGCGAGGGCCAAGGGGGAGGACACCUUCACCGAGGCGGACUUGUGCUCCAGUUUGCAAGAGACCGUUUUCGCCAUGCUCGUCGAGAUCACCGAGCGCGCCAUGGCUCACGUCGGUAGUAACCAAGUACUGAUCGUCGGUGGUGUCGGGUGCAACGAGAGGCUGCAGGAGAUGAUGGGGGCCAUGGCUAAGGAGCGCGGUGGCAGCGUCUACGCCACGGAUGAGCGCUUCUGUAUCGACAACGGCAUCAUGAUCGCUCACGCUGGCUUGCUGGCCUACGAGACGGGUUUCCAAACGCCGAUGGAGGAGAGUCAAUGUACGCAGCGUUUUAGGACAGAUGAGGUAUAUAUCAAAUGGAGAGAUUGAUCGGCCAACUCUGUAUCUCCCGAUGGCUUGACCACAUGUUAAAGAGCAAAUGCCAGGCCGAGCAUGGCUCUAUAAGAAUCAUCAUAACCCAGCGUUUAUUCCACGCCACCGACACCCAGUCUUGCAGAGCCCGAGUCCCUUCUGCCCUUGCCCACCUGGGUAUGACCCGCGGAUAAAUACAAGGACCAAUGCCCAGGACCACCAUUCCAAGGUCAUUUCCAGCGUAAUAAAGAACCCUGCCGG